AUGUACACCGGCACCCGUCACCAGGAAGUCGGCGCCGCAGGCGAGGCGAGCCUCGCGGAGAACGGCGCGGAGGCAGACAGAGGCACCGGACCAAGAGCGUUUGGAAUUCGGCAGGAGGGCAGCAACCGAGCGGGUGUGCAAAUCCCGGGAGAGAUGGAGGCAGAGGAAGACAUCAUUCCGUGGCGGAAUGCAGACGCGGAGCUUCCUCCAGGCAUUGUAGCGGACGCCUUCGAAGUGAUCAACCACGCGCCUCGGCGCUGUAUGGGCUGCGGCGCGGAGCUUCAGAGCGAAGACCCGAGUCGACAGGGUUUCGUCGCCGCGGAGAAAAAAGAAGAGUGGUACAGCGGCCGGUGGAAGGAGCUUCCCAAGGCGAAGGGAGUCGAAGUGGACUCCGUCCCAGACGGCGUUGAAAUCGUCACGGUGAAAAGCCCCAGGUUUCGGAAACGGACGCGGCUGCUCUUGUGCCGAAGAUGUUACCGAAUUCAGAUGUACAAGCAACUGGAUGGCGAGUGGGAGGCCUUGGCUAACGCGCGCGACCAGCUGCUGCCUGCGCUGGCGCCGGAGACCGUGAUCAACUCGGUCGUUAAAAAAAUGAAGCGAGACUCAGUAGUUCUCAAGGUCGUAGACGUCUGCGACCUCGAGAGCUCCGUCGUCCCCGAGCUGUUCCAAGCUUGCAGAGCCAAACGCCUGCAUGUCAUAUGGCUCAUCAAUCGCAUCGACUGCUUGCCUCGGACAGCGAACAAGCGCGAAAUCAAGGAGUGGGUGCGGCGCAUGGUUCGCCAGAUUCAAAACGUCCAUAUCGACGACUGCCUGUUGAUCUCUUCAGCAACUGGCGAAGGCUUCGAAGACCUCGAGCGCCGGUUGGAGACGCUGCUGCUGCCUUCGCCGGGCGGCGCCUCCGCUAUCGAGGGCCGGCAGAUUUAUGUCGUGGGGCGCGUGAACGCUGGAAAGUCCACUUUUGUCACGAGGUUCCUCAAGUUCAUCAAUUACAAACACGCCGGCACAAUCUUCAUGAAGCGCGCGUCGGGAGGCGUGACACGGUCGGCAUUGCCAGGCACGACGCUCUCCUUCUUGCCCUUCGGCCUGCCGCGCGGCUACAAACUCGUCGACACUCCGGGGAUUCCUUGUUCGCAUCAGGUUACGUCUUUGCUCCCGUUCGCAGCGGAUCUCUACUCCAUCGUGCCCUCCAAGCGUCUGCAGCCGAUUACGUAUCCACUCACCGAGGGCAAGAGUCUGCUCAUUGGCGCCAUGGCACGCAUCGACCUCUCGCAGGGAUCGACGGCCCUCGUCACAUGCUACUUCUCCCACAAAAUCACUCUGCACAUCUGCAAAACGGUGAAAGCAGCGGAUCUCUUGUCGCGGAAAGCCUGCACGUUCCUCUACCCUCCACACCUUCCCGCGGGAUUCGACAAGCUGCAGCCGCUGGUUAGACACAGCGUGAAGGUCUACGCAGGGAACUCGAUGGCGUAUGACGACAUUUCCAUCGCUGGGCUCGGCUGGAUCUCCAUCGCAGGCGCGCCGGGGCCGAAGGAGCUCCACGUCUGGGUGCCGAAGGGCGUGAAGGUCUUCAGGCGGCCGGCGAUGCUGCCGCUGCAACUGCGCGUCACUGGCGUCGAGGAAUUCCAUGGGAAAUCGCCCAGGGCGCGCGGGCCCCGAAUCAACGCGAAGAAGAAAAAGAUGGUUGAGGCUCUGCGCGACCAGGAGAAGCGCGAGAAGCUGCAUGCGGAACUCGAGGCCCGCGAGCGCGAGGCCGCAGAGGCGCGAGUUCGGCUCGUCUCGCCUUCUGCGCUUUCAGGCGGUCAGGAUGAUGAAGACGCUCUUCUCUCGACUCGGGGAGCGCCUGCGCCGGCGGAGACUCUAAAGGACGAAGCGCAGAGAACACGCGAAGGCGAAGCAGAGUCUGUAGAGGAAAACCUCAACGGCAGCUUGAGGCGGUCAUUUCUUGUCGCCGAAGGCCAGAAAGAAGAAGUUGAGCGUCUGCUCGCGGAGGGAACGGCGGGCUUCGAUUUCUCCGCGUCCUUCUGGAGGCGCCAGCGGGAAGAAGCGGCAGCAGACAGCGACGACGGCCUGGCGACGCCGAGUGAAGAGGUUUUCUCGCGAGCAGAGAGCGGCGCCUUGCGACAGCGAUCGCCCUUCGCGCUUGCGCAGAGCGUCAGCCAGGCAGAUGGGCGUGCCCGCGAAGGAGGCAAAGCUGAGAACGACGCGCCACUCUCCCGGGGCGACGGAGGAGACGCGCUGGCAGAAGUUUUUUACGCAGACAGCUGCUGCGACGCAGACGACGAGGAGGCUGGCGGGGAACUUCGGGUCAGGAAUUUCAGAGAAGAAAUCGCAGGCUCCGUAGUAGACCUACGGCCCCCAGAGGAAAGUGCGAAGCGCUUCACGGGGGGCCUCCGUUGA